GUCUCAUCUUGUGGAAGAGGAGUGGCUCUCUCUGACGCCUGAGUCACUAUCAGUGUCUCGUUUGGCUUCAAUGAACAAGGACUAUUAAUCCUCCAGAAUCCACAACAAUGCGAAACACCUGCAAGAAGUUUCUUGGACUGAUUGUCAGUGUCGGCGGGCUGAUAGCUUUGUUUCGUACUUGGAGCCAUGAAACCAGUUCAGGAGUCGACUUACGACCGAGACACGGGGGUUCAGUAAAGAAACUCCUCGCGGGACAAAUUGAAGACAUCAACAGUGGCUAUGACGACAUUGCCUUCCAUAUAAAAGAGCAAGUGGCACGACAACUGGCUCAAAACUCAUGUGUAUGUCUGGCUGAUAAGGAGACAUUUCAACUGCCGUUCUCCAAUCUGCUUUUCCCACGCGUGUGGGCCCACAAACUCGAUACUGCGUUUUUAGAGUCCUAUCCUGACCCUGAGGGUGUGAAGCGUCACAGAGCUCAAGAGUACAGCAAAUCACAGAGCAGGUCCUACAGCCCUGCAGACCUACCUAUUGUAGCCGAGGCCAACAGUCCUCUUCAGUAUCCUACCCAGGGUGUGGAGGUGCGACCCCUUAAAACAAUCAUCGUUCCUGGGUUGGGCCUUAAAGAGGAAAAAAAAUCAAAGCAUACGGUGUCUUUGACUGCAACUCUUGGGACUUUUGAUGUUGCUGCUACAGUGGACAGUGUCUCUGUCAAAGGAGAAGGAGAGAAGCACAUGAUAUUGUCGAGUCAGGAUCUCUCCGCUCUGAACAAGCAGCUCCAGUUUGUCACAUACACAAACACCGUUUUCCAUCCAAAGACAGCAGAUACAGUUGAGUUUGCGAAUGAGGGUCACCGCUCAUUUUUCACCAUCAAAGUCGGACAUGGCUCCAUCCCCAGACUUUACAACACUGGAAACCAAAAAGAGUACAAUAUUAGUGCACUUGUCACCAUCGCCUGCAAGACCUUCAUACGCUAUGACAAACUCAAAGAUCUCAUCGACAGCAUACGCCAGUAUUAUCCCACCGUCACCAUAGUGAUAGCAGAUGAUUCUGAACACCCUGAGCCAGUGACUGGGCCUCACAUUGAACAUUACAUCAUGCCAUUUGGAAAGGGUUGGUUUGCAGGAAGAAACCUGGCAGUGUCUCAAGUGAUAACCAAGUAUGUUCUGUGGGUGGAUGAUGACUUCAUCUUCAGUGCAAACACUAAGUUGGAGAAGAUGGUGGACAUCCUGGAGAAGACCUCGCUAGAUCUGGUUGGUGGUGCAGUGAGAGAGGUGACAGGCUACACUGCAACAUACCGUCACACCAUCUCAGUGGAGGAAGGAGGAGAGGAGGGCGACUGUUUACACAUCAGAAAUGGCUACCACCAUGUAAUCGAGGAAUUUCCCAACUGCGUGGUUGCUGAUGCUGUCAUCAACUUCUUCAUGGGCCGGACAUACAAGGUGCAGCAGGUGGGCUUCAACCCCCGCAUGUCACGGCAGGCUCAUCUGGAGUUCUUCAUUGACGCUCUGGGCUCCCUCCACAUCGCCUCCUGCAGCGACGUCAUUGUGAACCAUGCAUCUAAGAUCAAAUUACCCUGGGGUGAAACGGACGAUCAAAAGGCCUACAACAAGUUCCGUUACUCCAACGUUGAAAGCAACAUUCAUAAUGAAGACUUCUACUUCAAGAACAGGUUUCAGUGCCAGACUAGUAACUGAAACUGAGUCAAGGGUACAAACAAACACAACUGCAGCAACUAU